GCUUAUUUGCUGCAGUGUAAUAGCUAGGACAAGCUGGUAAGAGAUGUGGCUUUGUGUGGCCAUAUCUUUAGCUCUACUCUCUUGGCUUCAAACAGGAGAGUGUCAAUUCACCGUCACCACGGAUCCAGUGCCUGGUGUCAAUGGGUACUUCCCUGGGACAGAGAAAUCACCUUGGUUUGUCAAGUCAAUGAAGGUGGUAGUCGUAGAGCCACUAGCUGGUCAAAACAAACAUCUUUGGACAGAGAAGAGGGUCGAGGACGUCAGCCCAUUACAAGUGGUAGUGACAGCAAUUUCUUAUUAUCAUCUCAAGGGACUCUAGGAGUAUCUGGGAUACCAGACACCACUAUCCUCACUAUUGUAUCACUGACUGAGGAUUUGGAUGCUACCAUCAUAUUCUGUGGAUUUGAGGAACCACUGGCCAACUUCACAAUCAGGAUAUACUACCCCCCAGUCCUGACUGGCAGAGGAGAAGUGAGGAAGAGAGAGAAUGAGGAGCUGAGUAUGGACAUGGCAGAGCCAGGCAGUCCCCUGGCCUUCCCCUUCCCCUCUCAAGUCUCGUGGACAAAGGACGGGGAGGAGGUGGCGGGUGGCUCGUCCACCAGAGUCUUCAACUACUCCUCCAUCUUCAUUGGCUCAGUCCAGCCCUCUGACUCUGGGCUCUACGUCCUCUCAGCCACCAACUACCAGCUGAAUGGUGGCCCUCUUCUCGGCAAUGCCACUGCCUCUCUCACUCUCAAUGUCCUCUCUGGAGCAAACUUUUCAGGUCCAGGUUCAGAGACAGUGGCAGUAGAGGAGGGAGAGUCAGCCACUCUGGUCUGUGGUACUGGUCUCUCUGGAAACCCUCUCCCCACCCUCACCUGGACUGACAACAAUGGAAGGGUAGCUACAGCAGGUGGAAGAACAUCUCUUAGUAGUUCCGGAGAGGUGGUCAGUCUAACCUUGAACAGUACUACACAGAAUGACACUGGCUACUGGAACUGCUCAGCUCAGGUCUAUGAUGGUGCUAAUGUUGUUGGCCAGCCUGUGGGGAGAGACAUAAGACUGGUGGUAGUUGUGCUGGUUUGGGCAACCCUUCCUCUCUCUAGUCAUGUUGUCAGGGUACGAGAGGUGGGAGGAGAGGUGGAGGAAAGAACAUUUGACAGCAGUGAAGGAGAGGCCAAUGUGACUGACCUACUGCCAGGGACUCAGUACACAUUCUCAGUAGUGGCUGUGUCUCAGUUUGAAGACCUGUUGCAAGCUACCAGUCCACCCAGCAACUCUGACAAUGGAACAACCAAUGUCACCGUACCACUGGUAAUUUGCCAAGAACCAAAGGUUCAAGACAGGGAACUGGUCAUAUCUUGGAGAUAUACUCACACUGGAGGACUCAACAUUACCAGCAUCCUGGUCCUCUACAGAUAUGACAGCACUACAUAUGCCCCUCUUCCAUCGUCCGGCAGUGGAUCUAGUGGAUCUGGCUCGGGGUUGAGGGGGUACUACCCUCCUGAUACCUCAGUUUCCAUGCCUCUACCAGUGGCUGGAGUCACCUACUACUUCAGAGUUAUGGCUAGCAAUGAUGAAGGCUCCACCACGUCAGACUGUCCUGGCUUCUUCCUCACCACUGGUAUUCCAUUUGUCCCUGAACAGCCAGAGUUUAUCUCUUGCUCAAAUGAUGGAGUCAACCUGACACUCUCCACUAACUAUUCUGGAGUGGGCAACACAACCUUGGACAGUUUCCAGUUCAUACUACACGUCUAUAGUGCUGCCAAUGAAAGUGUGCUAGGAGAUGCGGUGGUACUACCAGUGAUGUGUUCUUCUGAUGGAGGCCACUGCUCCGAGACACACCUCAUCCCUAAUCUGUCACUCUCCUCUCAGUCCUACAACAUCAGUGUCAGCGGAAGCAACACAUUCGGAAGCUCUGGGCCUUCCACAGUCUUUACCGUUCCAGGAGAUCACAUAUGCCCAGAUAGCUCGGGCAGUGAUGGGUCAAUAGUGCUAUUGAUUGUGUUGAUUGGAGCCUCAGUUGGUGGACUAAUACUGUUUGGGGUGCUCUGUGUGUUAGCUGUGAGCUGUGUGGUGAGAGGGAGGAACAACACCAGCGAAAGCCCUGAAGAAAACUUCAAAUCCCCGACUUAUACGCCAACUACUCCUGUAACAGUGGACCUGAGGCCACCUAUUGCGAGCAAUACACUCCAGUUACAUGGUCAGGACACUUUCGAAACCUACGACAACUGCAUAACCUAUGAAGCUGUCGAAGAAGAACAGCAAACAACCUUCACACCCUUGACGCAGGAAGAGGCCCUCUAUCAACAGCGGCAAGAGGUGGAGACUGCCAGUGAAGCAACACCCCAAAAAGAAGAGGAAGAGGUGGAGGAGGAGGGAGCUGCAAUGCCUGAUAACGACGCGGCCAUGUAUGAGGCGAUGGUUCUGGAGGCUGGUGUAGAUGAUGACUACGAGGAGCUGACGACACCUGUCUAUGACGUCCCUCGGAGGGCCAUAUGCGAGGCUCCUGCCUACAAUAAUAUUGGAGGAAACAGCAAUAAUGGGAGGCCUACUGUUUUGUACUCUCCAUUGUCUACAAGUCGUCUUGUUUGAUGUGUAGCUAUACUAUUGUACUCUGUAUAAUUGUACAGUACAGUGGCUUUGAGGAUAUUGGGAAGUUUGAUGUCUUGCCAUUACGAUGUCUUGAUAGACCCCAU